CUUCGAGGCUUCCGUCGGGACGCAAUGACGUUCGCCGGCGUCUGAUGUAUACGGAUCGUCAUCGGAAAGUCCUCGGGGGGGUUAGAGUGCGCGCGCCGUUUUGGGUCAGGACCAGUAACAGCAGCAACACAGGCCGACAAUAUACGGUUGCAGAUUUGGGAUGUGCUGACUGUAUGCUGCUGUCACGUUUAAAAUUCUGCAACUGCGUUGAGGUUCUUGUAGGAGUCGAUACUGACUUAGAACUGCUGAAGGAAAAAAUGUAUCGCGUCUCUCCCCUUCCAUGCGACUAUCUACAGCCCCGGGCAUCCAUGUUAACAGUAAGUUUGUAUCAUGGAUCAGCAACUGUAAAAGACUCUCGCAUGUUGGACUGUGACUUUGUGUCAUGCAUUGAAUUAGUAGAACACCUAAACAUCUCAGAGGUUGAGAGAUUUUCAGAGGUGGUGUUUGGAUACAUGAAUCCAGCAGUAGUUGUAAUUACAACUCCAAAUGCAGAUUUCAACCCCUUACUUCCAGGAAUAAUGCGAUUCAGACACUGGGACCAUAAAUUUGAGUGGAGCAGGGCAGAAUUCCAAGCUUGGUCUUUGAACAUUGGAAAUAAAUUUGGUUAUAAAGUGGAAUUCACUGGUGUAGGAAAAGGACCUCUCGGGACAGAGCAGUUGGGAUUCUGCACUCAAGUAUCUAUAUUUCUGAGACAGCUAUCAAAAGCACCUCAAAUAGAGACUAAACAUUCCAAACAGCUAUAUAAAAUGGUGUAUGAAGUUGUUUACCCAAGUCUGAAAGAUAAGAAAAUCCAGCAGGAUAUUGUCCUUAAUGAAGUUAUCUACGCAGCAGAAUGUGUGAGAAGACAGAUCAUUAACACUCGUUAUGACAAUGAGGGGCAAGGGGCUGAGAAUUGGAACCAGAAUGAAAGGGGAUCUGCACAAACUGAUGACAGUAAACGAGAGAAAACUUUUAAGCCGAAAGAUAGUAAAAGGCUGGAAGUGUGUAAGAUUGAUGGUAAACUUCACAUACCCUUAAUUAAUUUAUUCUCCAUGCCUAAAGUGCAACAGCUCAGUGGCUCUUUCCAGCGUCUGGAAGAGAUCCUACAGAUGACUGAUCGAGUAGUGCUGAGUAGAUGUGGGGCCUUUCUCCUAUAUCCUGCUGAUGAUGACAGAAAUGAGGACUAA